CGCGUGACUCUUAAAAUCCAAGAUGGCGUCAAAAUCGCUGUUUGUCGAUUUCAAUUUUGUUUGCGUCUGAAACACGUAAAAUAACAAUAUUUUCUCUAAAUAUUUAGUAUAUGCAGUGAUGCCUUAUUGCUCCACUAUAACUUGAGUAUACAACAAUGUCCGAUUCAGACACAGAGUUUGAGAAAGCUCUGACAGAGCUGAAAACUUUGCAGUCAAUGAUUGACUAUAUUGAACAGCAUCUCAAAGGACUUCGAACACAGUGUGCUCCAAAUGACGAAUUCACGCAAAAAGAAAUACGUUUGACAGAGGGGAAACUGGUGUUAUAUGUCAGCAAACAGAUUAUCAUCAAGAGCAAGAUAACCUCUGAUGCCUUACAUGAUGAACUAGUUGACUACCCUAAUACACAACAAUGGCUCUCAUGUGUUGGUCUGCCAGAAAAUACUAUCAAGGGUUUGAUGAAAGAAGAGGAAAAUCUGAGUCUGUAUUCAUUAUUAGAACUAUCAGAGACUGACAUAAAAACCAAACUUCUGAAGCAUAAUGCCAGUGCAGAGGAUGCUAGACGGUUAAACCUGUCUCUACGUAACCUUAAUAUAGCCACACAGCGUGAGUCGUCGGGUAGUAACAGUACCUCGGGUGACAGUGAUGUCGAUCUGCACUGGACGAACCCAGAGUCCACAUCGUCCUAUGAUUACCUAGCACGUAGAAGUCCACGACCUUCGACAUCAUCGCUGUCAUCGUCAGAUAAUUCUACGACAAUGAGUGCACCUGCUCAGACACACAGUACUCCUCCGUCACCAGUGCCUCAUGCACAUAAUGCACACAAUGAGAGACUACGAUCAGUAGGGUAUACUCCCCCACCGACACCGCCUUCAGUACGCACACCAAAGACGAGGUAUCCAAUUACCCCACCACCUCAUAAGAAGAUGCUGUUAUUCCCGGAGUAUCCUACAAUCAGCAGGAGUAAGUCACAGGAGUCACAGUUAGCACAUAAAGUACAGGAUAUAGACCCUGUCAGGUCCGGUAAGAAGAAACACAUUAAGGAGCUAAAUUUAGGCAGUAAUACUUACGUGAAUAUAGGUGGCAGUCAUGACAUACUGGCGAUUAGACGACCGUCUAACGAGCAUGAAACUGGUAGAAGUAGUCGUGGACCGGCCUCACCGGUAGUCAACUCACCAAUCCAUUCCCCACCUUAUGUACAAGGCCAGUUAGCAGAUGGAUCAUUAAUGGUGCCAAGUAUGAUUGGUCCUCAUGUGAUGAAACAUCAAAUUAACCACAAAUUAAUUACCAAGUUAUUGUUUGGUAGCACCUGUGAUGUAUGUGGUAAAACUAUAUUUAGAGGAAAACAAUGUAAAUAUUGCAAAAAACUACAAAAAGAGUUUAGAAAACUACAAAAAGACCUUUUAAGAUUUAAGUGUCAUAAAGAUUGUGUACAUAGAGAAGCUCCAAGCUGCGGUCUUUCAGAAGAAAUGGUCAACUUGGCCAAUAAAACAUACUUUGAAGGUGCCUCAAAUCCGAGAAGAACGCCCGAGUUACCACAUCACGGAAAGCAUGUGUUGCCAGCAUUUCCAGUGCCGGACUCGAGCUCCGCUUCGUCAUCCAACUCAUCAACACAUUCCUCACCGAUCCCACACGGCAUGUCGUCGGGAACGUACACCUCACCUUCACCAUAUCCCUCACCUCAUGUACACAAUAUACACUCAUUCCAAUUUCCAGAUACGUUAUUAUCCGAGAGUAAUACAGAUGUAACACAAACAGAGCCAGUCUUCUCUACGGACUGGGAUAAGGAUGUGUAAGUUUAUUAUCUUUACUUUAUCAAGUUUAGGACAUGUUAGAAUUGUGGACAAAGAUGUGUAUAUUUAUUUCACUUUCUUUGUUACUAAAUUUAGACAUCUUUUAAAUUUGGAAUUUUAAAUCAUUUCUUUUCAUUAUGAAGUUGAGAAAUAAAUGUUGUCCAGAAUUUAACAAAUGUUGGCUUUUCCAAACUUAUUCCCAGGUAUAAACAAACUCUUACCCUUAUAACUUCACAGAGCACUACCGUUGAACCUGUUUCACUAAUUUUUUGAAGCUUUAAUUGUAAAUGUUUGUUUGUUUACCUGGAUAAGCUUGGAAAAACCCAAACUAUUUUUGUAUACAUUGCUUGCAAUGUAUACAGAGUUAUAGCUGUAUUUCAGAUUUAGUACACCUAACCUGUUUUGCUGAACAACAUCCACCUUUGGAUGAAACCUCGAUAAAAGUAGAUCCUCAUUUUGCAGGAUUGUCACAUUAAGAUCACUUUUUAUUAAUAUACUGUUUGCAUAGUGGUCAAUAAGCUUUGAAAGUUCAAAACUAUGCACUUUCAGUUCAAAUAAACAUUUUCUAAACAUGAAAGCCAAAAAUAUGAAAAUUUCUAUUGUAUUCAUAAAAGCAUUGUGUAAACCUACGCUUCAAACUUCGUAUUCACGCAUGCGCGUGCAAGAAUGAAUGAAUUACGACAGACUCUGUAUAAAAAUAUGUCCAACAUCCAAAAUUAAUAUUAAAUCAAACAAGUAAACCUUAUUUACUUUUAAAUAUAGACUUGCAUACUUUUUCUAUUUCAAAAUGUUUUAGAAAACGAGCAUAUACAGAUAUAUAUGUUUUAUUUAGUGUUAUGUAACAUUGUAAGCGUCUGUAUGAAUGGAUUAAAGUUUACGUUCUGAAAACGUAUUGUCAUAUAAUUGCAAAUAAUAGAACCCUAUCAACGUGGUGGCAUCGGAAGAGUAUGCAAUUAUUUGUUUCACACCUGCAGUGUAAAGUAUUUCUGCCGCUUUAGUGAAAUAUAUCGUCCAAAAGCCAUUUUCGGGAAGGGGAAGAUUCGUACUCAAUAUUAUUCGAACUAAGGAUUUGUACUCAAUAUUAUUCGAAUUUAGCCUUCGUAAUCAGUAUUAUUCAAACUGACAAUCAUGGCAGAUAUGUUUAGACCCCCUGGACAUUUAGAUGUUGAAAAUGGUAACAUAUCACAUAACUUUAUCAAAUGGAAGCGCCAAUGGAAAUUUACUUUGCCAGUGUUGACUGUGGAAAUGCUGAGAAAGAUGAAAAGAUACAAGUAAAUAUCCUAUUACACUGUGCUGGACCCAAAGUUAUCAAUUUACACGGGCAAAUGCAGAACAUAAACUGAAAGUGAAAAAAUUAUUUGACAAAAUAGAAAGCUAUUGCAAUCCUAGAAAAAAAUGAAGUGCUAGAAUCACACAGAUUUUGGGUAACAAAUCCAGAUGAAUAUUCAUCAUUUGACAGUUUUCUUACAGAGUUUUGAAAGAAUGUUGAGUCCAGAAAUAUAUUUUGAAAUAUGUUAUUUACAAUCAAAUCACUCAGUCAGGCUGAGCCACCCUUAACAUUUUUAGUCCCUUACCGGUUUACCGGAGGGGACUUUAGGUUUACCCUCCGUCCGUCUGUCCGUCCGUCCGUCAGUCCGUCCGUCCACAAAACUGGAUCCCGCGAUAACGCAAAAAGUACUGAAAAUAUUUUAAUGAAACUUGAUAUAUGGAUAGAUGGCAGUAUGGAGAUUAUGCACGUUUUUUUCUUUUCUUCCUAUGUUGAAAAUUCUGGUUGCUAUGGCAACAAAUUGACUGAAAAUAUGACAAAUUUUACACAUAACCUGGAUCCCGCGAUAACGCAAAAAGUACUGAAAAUAUUUUUAUGAAACUUGAUAUAUGGAUAGAUGGCAGUAUGGAGAUUAUGCAAGUCUUUUUCUUUUCUUCCUAUGUUGAAAAUUCUGGUUGCUAUGGCAACAAAUAGACUGAAAAUAUGGCAAAUUUUACACAUAACCUGGAUCCAGUGAUAACACAAAAAGUACUGAAAAUAUGUUUAUGAAACUUGACAUAUGCAGUGAUUUUUUUACAAACUCAUCAGUGUGGGUCCUAGGACUCGCUGGGUUAUAAUUCUAUGAGUCUCAAAAUUUAGCAGAAAAAUCCAAGUUACAAGGCUUAAUAUUGCUUUAGUGAUAUGAAAGGUAUAUUAACAAUGGAAUGAAGAAAAAAUGAAUUUGAUUUCUACAUUAAUUACAAUGCUUCUGAUACUGAAACUAUUCAAAACUGUCAAAUAGUUUAAAUAAGUUUAUUUCCAUUAGUUUUAGAUUAAUCAAAAGUUAUUACCAAAUUCCUGUAAGACAGGACUCCCAACUCAGAAAAAGUAUGCAUCCAAAAGAUGCACAUUUUUUGAAACUUUGCAUCCACAGCAAAUUCAAUGAGUCCUGGACUCAGGAUGCAGAGGUAAAAAAAUCACU